AUGCAUGGUCAUUCGGAAACACUGGUCUCCGGGCAACCGACGAACGUGUCCGUCAACCUCAUCGUUUACGAGUUGGGUGCCCUGAACGAAAAAGACAUGGACUUCCGGGUGGACAUGGAUCUGCAAGAAUCUUGGACUGACGACCGUCUGGCACUAACGGAACUGGGCGUCAAUUCCUCUUUCAUCACAAACGAAGGCAGCCUCAUCGCGAGCAUAUGGAAGCCGGAUAUAUUUUUCGUGAACGCCAAGGACGCCACGACGCACGACGUCACCGUUCCGAACCAGUUACUGCAGAUCCUACCAGAUGGCGCGAUUCUGUUCAGCAUAAGGCUUGCUCUAGCAUUCAGCGAUCUAGCCCCUACACCACACCGGCUCAUUAUCGUCAAGACACAGAUCAACCAACGAUACCUGGUGGACUAG